CAAAACUAUAUAUAAUAUAAAGCAGGACAAGGAUAAAUGAUUUUUUCUGAAGGACUAGCAAUGAAAACAGUGGUUGUUUUAGUUAUAUCUCUUUGCAUCUUGACUGAUGCUUUAACAAUAUCGCUGCAUCCUGAAAGAUUACUUUCUGAAAUAGGACAUAUCGCGAGCGCUGCAAGCAGAACAGGAGCAGGUGGAGGUGCAUCUGGAGGAGUCGGAUUUGGUGGAGGCGCCGGUGCAGGAAGCGGAAUGGGAAGCAGAGCAGGAGGGAAUGCAGGGGGCAAUGUUGGAAUGAAGUUUGGCGGGAGGAGUGGUGCAGGGGCAGGGGCAGGGUGAUCAUACUGACAAAAUCAUGAAGAGACGUCCCUAGGCCAAGGAGAUGAAAAUCUUCAAAUUGUUCAUCAGCUCAUAUUCCAUUUAUUACUAUACUACUAAUUAUCUAUGCAAUGUAAAAAAUAAACAACUAUUGUUUUGCUGACUUUUCACUGCUGAUACCUUAAUCUCAAACAAUUCUUGCACAUUUGUUGAAAAUAAAAUGUUUAAAACCAUA